AUGGGUCUCCACAACAAGCCCAUCGUUAUUGACGGCAAGGACCACCUUCUUGGACGUUUGGCGUCCAUCGUUGCUAAGCAGCUCCUUCAAGGAGAAAAGGUUGCUGUUCUACGAUGUGAGGAAAUCGCGAUCUCUGGAAAUUUCCAUCGUUCAAAACUGAAGUACAUGAGCUUCCUUCGCAAAAGAUGUAACAUCAAUCCCGCUCGAGGUGCCUUCCACUACAGAUCACCUGGAAAGAUUUUCUGGAGAACCGUGAGGGGAAUGCUGCCCCAUAAGACGCCCCAUGGAAAUUUGGCCCUCAAGAAUCUCAGAGUGUAUGAGGGUGUUCCAUCUGCUUAUGACCGUGUAAAGAAGAUGAAUGCGCCUAUCGCCAACCGACAUCUCUGCUUGAAACCUCGACGCAAACACUGCACAGUGGGCCGUCUUUCUCAUGAAGUUGGAUGGAAGUACCAGGACGUUGUAGCCAAGCUCGAAGCUAAGAGAAAGGUCAAAGGAGCAGCAUAUUACGAACAGAAGAAGAAGAACGAAAAGUUGUACCAACAGGUGAGCUACAGUCGUUCUGUUAUUGGGAACUAA